AUGAAUGGCCCCGACAUGGAGGACGCGCCGUUUGAGAAAGUCCGAAGCCGGCGGAAGAGAAGUCCGUGUCCGCCGGGCUUCCCCGUGAGCAGCAUCGCCUGCGAGGACGAGUUCGACUGUAAGGAGCUGGAGUCUCUCUUCCAAAACUAUAACCUGAAGCUGGAGCAGACGUCCACGCUCAAGGCUCUCGCCGUGCUUAUCGUCAUGUCGUCGGCACUGGCCGGCGCGGAGCUCCUCGGCGGCCCCGGUCACCUUACCAUCUCCAAGGGCUCGCACCCGGUGCACUGCGUCGUCUUCACGUCGCUCUUCAUCGUCACCAACGUCAAGUACCUGCAGGUGACCCAGUUGCAGCAGAUCGUCAACCUGAGCCUGCUCUUCGGUUUCACCUUCGCCUUCUUGUGCUGUCCCUUCUCGCUGGGAGUCACCGGCUCUGAGCCUCAGACGUCGCCCGAUCAGGGUGUGUGGCAGCUGGUCCUGGUCACCUUUGUCGCCUACGCGCUGCUGCCCGUCCGCACUUUGCUGGCUGUGCUCUUUGGGCUCAUGGUGUCCGUCUCGCACCUCAUUGUAACAGCCACUUCUGUCAGGACGCAGAAACUGUGGAGGACGCUGGUGGCUAACACGGUGCUUUUCACCAGCGUCAACCUGUCAGGCCUGUUUGUGCGCAUCCUGACUGAGCGAGCGCAGAGGAAGGCCUUCCUACAGGCACGAGACUGCAUAGAAGAGCGACUCCGGAUGGAGGACGAGAAUGAAAAGCAGGAGCGCCUGCUCAUGAGUUUGUUGCCCAGGAACGUAGCCAUGGAGAUGAAGGAGGAUUUCCUGAAGCCUCCAGAAAGGAUCUUUCACAAAAUCUACAUCCAGCGUCACGACAAUGUCAGCAUCCUGUUUGCAGACAUUGUAGGCUUCACCAGCUUGGCCUCCCAGUGCACCGCCCAGGAACUUGUUAAACUCCUCAAUGAGCUUUUUGGGAAGUUUGACGAGCUCGCCACGGAAAACCACUGUCGGCGGAUUAAGAUCCUGGGAGACUGUUACUACUGCGUGUCCGGACUGACACAGCCUAAGACGGACCACGCUCACUGCUGUGUGGAAAUGGGACUGGACAUGAUUGACACCAUAACGUCAGUGGCAGAGGCCACGGAGGUCAACCUCAACAUGCGUGUGGGCCUGCACACGGGUCGGGUGCUGUGCGGGGUACUAGGCCUCAGGAAAUGGCAGUACGACGUGUGGUCCAAUGAUGUCACACUCGCCAACGUGAUGGAAGCCGGAGGACUGCCUGGUAAGGUCCACAUCACAAGAUCCACCCUGGAGUGCCUGAACGGCGACUAUGAGGUGGAGCCAGGAAACGGUCACGAGCGCAACGCCUUCCUACAAAAACACGAGAUUGAGACUUUCUUUAUCGUGCCAUCUCACCGACGCAAGAUAUUCCCGGGAUUGAUUCUUUCGGAUAUCAAGCCGGCCAAAAAGAUGAAGUUCAAGACCGUGUGCUACUUGCUAGUACAGCUCAUGCACUGCAGGAAGAUGUUCAAGGCCGAGAUACCCUUCUCCAAUGUCAUGAACUGUGAGGACGGUGAUAAGCGGAGGGCCAUGAGGACGGCACCACAGAAGCUGAGAAACCGGCCCAACGCCAACCAAGCCAACGUGGUUCAGAGCAGCCCCAGAACGCGGGUCAACCGCUACAUAGGGCGUCUGAUCGAGGCCCGGCAGACCGAGUCGGAUACGGCUGACCUCAACUUCCUAACGCUCAUGUACAAGUGCUCGGAGCGUGAGCAGAGGUACCAUCAGGUUCCGGAUGAGUACUUCACCAGCGCCGUGGUUCUGUCUCUGAUCCUCGCUGCCUUGUGUGGCCUUGUCUAUCUUCUCAUCAUACCACAGGGAACAGUGGUGCUGGUGCUGCUUGUUUUCUGCAUCUGUUUCCUGGUUGCGUGCAUCAUGUACCUACAUAUCACCAGAGUACAGUGUUUUCCAGGGUGCCUGACAAUUCAGAUUCGCACUGCUCUCUGCAUUCUCAUAGUGCUGUUAAUCUACGCUGUUGCCCAAGCUUGUGUGGUUGGCUGCAUGCCUUGGCUGUGGGGUUCCACCAAGACCAACAGCUCCAUUUUCAUCAUUGAUAAAGACGGCGGUGGCAACCGUACCAUGGCCGAGCUGCCCUGUGAGGGUGCUCGGUACGCCUUCCUGUCAUGCGCAGUUGGCACACUCACCCUGGCGCUAUUUCUGCGCAUCCCCUGGCUGCCCAAGAUGGCGCUGAUGCUCCUGCUGGGUGUGCUGUACGUCACCGUGUUGGAGCUGAGUGGUUUUCGCAAGACCGCCGGUGGGGGGUCCUUCCACAUCCGGGGUUAUGAGCCCAUCCUGUCUCUGUUGCUCUUCGUCUGUGCUCUGGCCCUCCACUCCAGGCAGCUUGACCUCAAACUGCGUUUGGACUUCCUCUGGGCUGUCCAGGCAGAGGAGGAAAGGGAUGGGAUGGAAAAAGUCAAACUAGACAACAGGCGGAUCUUGUUCAAUCUGUUGCCGGCACAUGUGGCCCAACACUUCCUGCUGUCCAACCCCAGAAACAUGGUGAGCCCAGCUCAUAAACAGGCAGACACACACAAACAGGAUCUCUACUACCAGUCCUAUGCACAAGUAGGUGUCCUGUUUGCCUCCAUUCCAAACUUCAAUGACUUUUACAUUGAGUUGGAUGGCAACAACAUGGGAGUGGAGUGCCUGAGACUGCUCAAUGAGAUCAUUGCAGACUUCGACGAGCUCAUGGACAAAGAGUGCUACAGAGACAUCGAGAAGAUUAAGACAAUUGGCAGCACGUACAUGGCGGCCGUAGGCCUCGUCCCAACCAUUGGAGCCAAGGCCAAGAAGUCAAUUUAUGACCACCUGAGCACAAUUGCGGACUACGCCAUCGAAAUGUUUGACGUGUUGGAUGAAAUCAACUAUCAGUCUUAUAAUGAGUUUGUCUUGAGAGUGGGCAUCAAUGUUGGCCCAGUGGUGGCGGGGGUUAUCGGGGCACGGCGACCCCAGUAUGACAUCUGGGGGAAUACGGUCAAUGUGGCCAGUCGCAUGGACAGCACGGGAGUACCCGGAAAGAUACAGGUGACAGAGGAAGUCUACCGCCUGCUGAACUCUGACUACGACCUGGUGAGUCGCGGCAAAGUGAGCGUGAAGGGCAAAGGGGAAAUGCUGACUUACUUCUUGGAAGGCAAAGUGCAGGGUGUGGGCACAGCCACCACCUCUUCCGUGGUGCGUUCAGCCAGCCUAGCGCGCCGCAUCCACUCUUGCGGCAAGACCAGUGUGCCCGCUAACCUGGGCAGCAUCUCCUCUGUCGCCGCCACCUCCAACAGCCAGCCGACAUGCUUGCCCUCUUCACGUGUGCCUGCGGUGGGUGAGGUAGAGGAAGAAGAGGAGGAUAUAGAUGUGACAGAGAUUGAGAUUGAGGCCACGGCGACUGCGGCUAAUGCUGCGGUGUAG